AGGUGAUCUCUUCGACUCUUCACUAGCUGCUUUAGCGUCACUGAAGUUGAAAGAUUCUAAGAAAGGGCGACAUGAAGCGACAAAUGGACGAUGACUGCCCACAGCAAGUGACCAAAGACCCGAAGUUAAUCAAACUAUCGAAGCCUCUUCCAAGCAGGACAGACCAUCACCCAUUGAAUGGUGUGGAUGAGCAGGCAGUUGCACCUCCUCCUCCUUCCAAUGUAAACGCUGCAGGAGUGGUUCUUCCUAGACAGAUAAGAAUGUCCCGUGGAAACAUCCGAGCUAACUCUCGGGCUAAAGUUUGCGCCUUUUAUGUUCCUGAUGAUUGGAAAUCUUAUGGAGGGGAUGUCUUUGCAUUAGCUCUGGACAAGGCUGCUGAGACAAGUGACGAUCUCUGUCUUUGUACAAAUGUUGCCUGCGUUCUUCGUAUCGUUCUUCCCGAUUUGAAGGACGAGUUGCUCAAUGCUCUUUAUCAGCUAGGUGUAUCUCCUAUGGUUGUUUCUAUCCCUUCCCAAGCCGAUGAACACCUGAUUACCUUUGAUGACAUCCCGGAAUACGACUGGCCAAAUAUUUUAGUUAGGGGUGCCUUUUGCAUUUUCACACUGUUCAGGACUGUUUCUCCAGCCCACUACACCCAAUGUAUGUUGAAGAGGUUUGAGGCACUAAAAAGUAUUGUAGGAUGUGUCCCUAAUGCUGAGAUCCCUAUUCCUCUAAACCAGUCCAAGGCUAGCAUUCUGCGUAUGAAGCUCGGAUCAAACCGGGCACUCAUAAAGAGGACAAUCGAACUGAUUCUUGGUUUCAAGAAUGGGUAUCAAAGCAUUGCUUCUGUCAUGAGGUAUGUAGCCAAAAUCCUGUCCUACAAUGUCAGGGAUGAUUUUACAUUCAUAUAUUAUACCUUCGGGAAAUACGAAUCGCCCGUGCUGAGUGACCCGAGAGUGGAACAAGAGGUCGUAAAACUUGAAGAGGCUCUUGAAUUGAUGAAAGAUUCAGAUUACCCGCAGUUCACUCGAUACCUGGCUUCCACUGCUGACUUAUUCAAGCUGGAGGGGUCUAGAUUCCCUACUUUGAUGUCUGUUGCACAAAAGAUCAAAGCUGAGGAGCAGCGAUCGGGUGUAUUAUCGGGUAGUGAAACUAAUCACUACCAAUUUGUUCUAUCCAAGUCUUUCGGUGCUGAUAAAGACCUUGUUAAGGACCUGUGCCGGAUUCAUUCUGCUGGCAUGGCAGAAAAACAAAGAAGUAUGGUCGAGUGGUUAACAACUGAUUUAGAAGAUUUUUGAGCGCUUCUCGUUGUUUGAUGGCUUGCGAGAUCACUAAGAUACUAACAUAAAAGUCGGGGCAUUGUGGAAUUAGUAGUGACUAGUGAAUGAUUUUGAUGUUUGUUGGAUGUUUCCUUUUGGCAUUGCUAUCACUAUGUUGAGUAAUGUACUUAGUUUUGCAGACAUUCAUGAUUCUAUAACUUGAGGACUUUUUGCUGCUCUUAGGAGGUGGCUUAGCUUUUUGGUUGUUCUAUCUAAUAUUCUGUUGUCUGGCUGUGCUCGGCUAGUUUCUUAGUUUAACUGACCAUGUACUUGGGUUUUACCAUGUAAAACUUUCGAGUUUUUGUCAUUUUUUAGUACUCAAUU